UCUUAUAAUGGCUUUUUAAGCUUCAAUAUAGAAAGCCGUGGGAACUCUCACUUUCCUGAUAAACUUUUACAGAGGUAUCCUCUCAUCAUUCUUCAAGGAAAUCAAAGAAUUGUGUUAGUUCACAGCCAUGGCAUAGUGCAUCCUCAUACAAAUUAUAGAGUGAGAUUGCAUGAGGAUGAAUGGAGAAUGUUUGAUAAUCCUCUUUUACCAGUAACCAAAAGUGUUCUAAUGGUUGCUUUGCAAAAUCUGCAGUAUAUGCUUAUCAGAGGUACAGAUGGUCCUGAUGUGAAAUAUGCUAGAUUGCAUAAUGUCUCAAUGGAUAUUGCAUCAUCAACAUAUACUUCAUUAGCUGAAGGUGUAGAAAUGUGCCGGUGUCCUCGACAGUACAUUGGAACUUCAUGUCAGGAUCCUGCACCAGGAUAUUAUCGAAAACGAAAGCCAAAUUAUCUAAAUAGUAAAGAUGUGGUGGAUUUAGUUGGAUGGGCUGAACCUUGCGCUUGUAAUAAUCAUACAAAUCUGUGUGAUAAGGAAACUGGAAUUUGCAUAAAUUGUGGAGGUAAUACAAUGGGAGACCACUGUGAUCAAUGUAUUAAAGGAUAUUAUGGUGACCCAACAAGGGGUCCUUGCAGACCUUGUGCUUGUCCUCAUCCCACAAACAGUUUCAGUGAUACAUGUGUCCCAGAUGCUCUAGAUUAUAUCUGUAUAAACUGUCAAUCUGGUUAUACUGGUAGACACUGCGAAAAGUGUGAUAUUGGUUUUUAUGGAGACCUUUCUAGAGAAGAUGGAAAAUGUCUACCAUGUAACUGCAAUCCAUAUGGUUCAGUCCAUCGUGAAUGUGAUCUUAAAACAGGCCAGUGCCAAUGCAAUGAAGGAGUUGGAGGACGUGAUUGCACAAUUUGUAGUCCUGGUUUUAUUUUAACAGAAUAUGGAUGCAAAUCUUGUGAGGAUGAAUGCACUGGGAUACUUUUAAAAGAACUAUAUGAUAUGAAACUGAAGCUGGACAACACUAAUUUAACAGAUCUACCAAGGUUACCUUGGGGCUAUCUGAAUAUAAUUUUAAGUGAAGAACAAAGAUUAAGGCUUCUUGUGGACGAUUAUCAAAGAAAUGUUACAAAAGGAAAAGAUCUUGUUGAUAAAUUUACCUUUUAUUUGGACCUCGAAGCUAAAGCUGAUGUACUUCUAAUAAAAGCAAAGGAAUAUAUAACAAAAGCCAAUUCUGUUUCUGUGGAUGCAAAAGAUACCUUGAAUGAAGCUGAGAAAUUGCUUGCAGAACUUCAUAAAAUAAAGCAAAGUAUUAAAGAACUAGUGGCUGAAUUAGAAUCACAACCAACAGGACAAAGGAUUUCUGUUGAAAGGACAUUGUAUGAAGCAGAAAGAAUCCUUCAGGAAAUUAAAGCUAGAAAUUUUAAUCCUGAUAAAGAUGAUGCUGAACGAGAAUUAAGGAAAGCUCAAAAUUUGCUGAACAAUUUAAAGAAAUUGACUUUGGAUCAUGGUCAUGUGGAUGACCUGAAACAAAAAAUUGCUGAAUUGGACACAGCAUUAGCUGAUUUAGUUAUCAAAAUUGAUGAAAAGGUCAGGAAACCUUCAGAACGAGCCCUUGAAAUUUCACGAGCAGGAAAAGCUCGAGAGAAAGCAGUCCGAGGAAUAGUUGAUGAAAUCAGUGGCUACAUUGAUUCUUCUAACAUGACUCUAAAAGAAGCUGAUGAUCUCCUUUCUAAAGCAAAAAGUGCAAUUAUUGAUGGUGCUGUGAAAUUUGAGUACCUUCCAAGGCUACUAAGAGAUCUUAGCAAUGCUACAGAUAGACUGGAUGAGCACAGAGGCAUUUUAACUCAUUUAAAUCCUUUAUACAAAGAAAAAUAUGUGAUUCCAGCUCAGAAACAUGCAGAUCAACUUGAAAGCCAAAGUGAACGUUUAGCAAAUUUAUUUUUAGCUACCAAAGAGCUGUCUCAAUUCCCUCUGCAGGCUGCAAAAGCCUAUCAAAACAUAGUUGAUGCAAUUCUUGCAGCCGAAUUAGCAGCACAAGAAGCAGAAACUGCUGCUGAAAGAGCAUAUCGACAGGCAUAUCCUGAAGUUGGAGAUGCUUUGACAGAACAAGCAGAUAAAGCCAGAGCAAAGAGUUUGCAGUUACUUGCAGAAGCUCAAAAGUUGAAUGAUGAAAAAGUUCCAGAACUGGAAGAGAAAAUGCAAAUGCGAAGAAAUGAACUUGAAGCCCUUUCUGAAGAUUUAGCAUUUGGAAAGAGAAACAAUGAUUUGAUUAAUCGAGAAUUAGAUGCUCUUCCAACAGGACUGAAGGACUUACUUGAGGACACUGCUAAUACUGCAAGAAUAGCUGAAGGUCAAGCUAAUGGAGCCAAAGCAAAAGUUGAUGAUACUUUACAAAGAUUAGAAAAUGAUCUCAUUCCAAAAUUUGAAUCUAUUCGAGCUGGUACUGUUGGUGGAUUAGAGAAUCUAACUCGCAUAAUCCAGCAAGCUCGGGAAGAUACUAGAGCAGCAACAAAAUUAGCAGACAAUGCAGAUGCAUCAGCUAGACGAGUCAGAAAGCAGCAUGAGUUGACAAAGCUUAAUUUGAAAGAGCUGAAAGAUAAGAUUUUAUUGGCACGGCAGAAAGCUUCUAGUAUUAAAGUUGGUUUGACAUCUGAUAGCGAAGGCAAAUGCAUUCGUUCUUAUGCAGCAGUUACUGAACCAUCUACAACAAAUAAUAUAAUACUGAACUAUGCUACAAAUUCUGACCAGACAGACAGUCUUUUAUUUUUUAUUGGAAGUGCAAAAGAGGAGGACUUCAUGGCAAUAGAAAUGGUUGAUAGGAAAAUCAGAUUUUUGUGGAAUGUUGGUGGUGGAACUCAAGUUAUCACCCAUGAGCAAAAAAUAGAAACAAAUGAUCAGCUCUUGAAAAAUGAACGGUGGUUUAAAAUUGAAGCAAACAGAAUUGGGAACAUAGGUACUUUAAGUGUAAAACGCACUCCAGAUGGACAAAAGCCUGAUCCUUUAGAAGUGUCUGGAGCAUCACCUGCAGGCUAUACAAAAAUGGAUUUAGAUAGUUCUUCAAAUUUUUUUGUUGGCGGUUUCCCAGAUAAUUUCCUGGCACCAAGUGAAGUACGUGCAUCAUCAUUUUCAGGUUGCCUCUAUGAAGUUCUUUUAGAUGGAAAGCCAGUAGGACUGUGGAAUUUUGUAUCCAGUAUAGGAUGUGAUGGCUGUAAAGAAGGAGCAACUGAGGAUAUUGAUAUUAGUGCAUAUGAAUUUCAAGGUGGACACAGCUAUGCUAUAGUACCACAGAUACCAUAUUACAAGAAAAGUGAUUUAUAUGCUAUUUUAAGUUUCAAGACCUUAAAUGAAGAUGGUUUAUUAUUCUUGUCGUGCAAUUACCAAAAAGGGCAUUUCAUAUCACUGGAAUUAAGAAAAGGUAAAGUUUUAUAUCAACUCAAAAUGAAUGGUAAAAUUCAUAUUCGUUUAGAAACAAAGAAGAAAUAUAACACUGGUCAAUGGAUUCGUGUUGAGGCAGCUAGAGAAAAGUUUGAAGGAGAAGAACUGACAGGUGGUGUUCCUCCAAAUUUCACUGAAGAAAGAUGGCCUGACAUAAAAUUUACGAAUUUUUUUGGCUGCAUGAAAGACCUGCAAAUUGACUCUACUCCCAUUGAUUUAUAUCGAAGUAGUUUCUAUGGCAUGAAUGUUGGUUGUUCGAAUAGGCCAAUGAAAGUUGCCACUUUCAAAGGAGCUGGUCACUUAGAGUUGAAUGGACAGACUCUUCUUGUAGAUUCUAGCAUUAGUUUCUCCUUUAUGACAAGACAACAAAACGCUCUUUUGAUGUUAUCCACAUAUGUUGGACAAGAAAAUGCUGAUCAAGAAUUAUUGCAGACAUAUUAUUCAAUAGCACUAAAAGAUGGUCGAAUUAUAGCAAUUAUUAAUAGUGGUGGAGGUGAAAUACUUAUGUCAUCGACUCGUGUUAUCAGCAGUGAUUCAUUUCAUACUGUAAAUAUCAUCAGGAAAAAUAGAAGAUUGGUAUUAAGGCUUGAUGAUGAUGAAGAAGCAGAUAUUCGUUUAUCCAAAGGUGCAAAAGAAGUAUCUAGUCCACAGAAAGGCGGUUUAUUUUUUGGUGGUGUAAAGAAAGGCAUAAAUGUUGGCAAUAUGGCAGCUAGUCAACAACCAUUUAUUGGAAUUAUUCAAGAUGCAGUUUUCAAUAAUAAAUUAUUGCGAUUUGAAAAUGCAGUAAGUCAUAGUGGAAUCGAGUUUGGAGUUCCUGAUAUGCAGAGUGUAUCCGAAGAAAUCUUGCAGCAGAUAGCCCCAUCUAUACCAGGAGAACUUUGCGCAUCAGACGUACAAUUUGAUGAUAAUGCUUUUAGCCAUCAAAGCAGAAAAUCUAUUCAAGUUCCACUGAACAAAAAAGAAAUAAUAAACAACCUCAAUAUAUCAUUAGACUUCAGGACUUUCUAUCCCGAUGGAAAUAUUAUUUCUUUAUCAAAUGAACAUAAAAAACUGCACUGUUCAAUAUUUUUAGAGAAAGGUCUAGUGAAAGUAGACUUUUUGAGGAAAAAAGACAAUAAAUUUGCAAAAAGUGAUAAAGAACUAACCAUAGGAAAAUGGCAUCAGGUUCAACUUGUGAAACAUGGAAAGAAUUUAUCAGUAUUUUUAGACAAGAGGAAAAGUAUAUCACUAAAUGUUCCAAAACGAUUGCCAUUCAAAAAACUAUACAUUGGAGGCAUUCCAACAGCUAGUAAGACUGAACAUGAGCUUCAAAAUGAUUUUAAAGGCUGUUUCCAAAAUCUUAUCAUGAAUGGAAAAAACAAAAAGCUUUCAAGUGAAAGUCCUUGCUUCAAAUAUGUUGAAUUUGGUACCUACUUUACGGGCACUGGUUAUAUUACACAAGAUGCUGCUUUUCAUUUGGGAAAACAAUUAAAUUUGGAUUUCCAGUUUCGAACAACUCAAAUGGAUGGAACUCUUUUCAGUAUUUUCCAAACAUUUAGUGGUAUAUGGUUUGAUCUAUGUUUACAAAAAGAUAUGAUCAUUGCAACUUUGUAUGGGCCUGAUAAUCUGAAAGUGCAACUUUAUCAAGAACUGAGAACUGAAAGCUCCUGUAAUUUUAAAUGGCAUAAAGUUAAAAUGUCAUUCAAGAAUCAUAACUUUAUUUUAAAAUUUGAUGAUUUCAAAGCUGUGGAACAGAAAGUGAACAUUCCAUCUGAUUUUAAUUUUGCUGAAAUUUAUAUUGGAGGAAAACCAGGAAAACUCCAUACUACUGAAUGUGUUAACAAUUAUUCGGGCUGUUUCAAAGGAAUCAGCAUCAAUGAUGAAAUCCUACAUAUAAAAAGUUCUGAAACUGAAGAAAAUAUUGUUCAGUACAUGUGCCCACAAUUAUAAAAUGUGAUAUAAAAUUUAUUUAUAACUAUUUAUUAACAAUUUUUAAAAAUAAAUGUAACAUUUUUGUACAUUCUAA